GCAAGCCAACAAAUAGUCUGAUUUCUUUCUUUUAUCACUUCGAAUGAGAUCCAAUUAAUGGAUUAUUUCAGUCUUCACCAACUCUGCGAUAAAGAAAGAAAGCCGUGCCAACCCCACCAGCGAUUAAAUAGAAUAAAUUUCUGUAUGCACCGUAACAGCUCCUUCCCAUAUAUUUGAUUAACCUCACACCCGGCUCGUUACUUUUCAUCAAACUUCACUACUUCUGUAGGAGAGAGAUACCACACCACAUGAGCGACAACGAUAUGGAACUGUUUUUCUUGUCACUUCUUCUCCUGUUAGCUCUCUUCCUUUCUCUUUCCCUUCGCUUCUCCCUUCGUUACUUCGUUUGUAAAUACAAGCGCACCGGCGGAGCAUACCUCCCGCCGGGGAGUCUAGGUUGGCCCGUCGUUGGCGAAAGUCUCGAGUUCCUCUCGACAGGCCGAAAUGGGACGCCUGAGAAAUUCUUCGAGGAUAGGAUGAAGAAGUACUCCCCAGAAGUGUUCAAGACUUCGCUGCUGGGAGAACCGGCCGCAGUCUUCUGCGGUGCCGGCGGCAACAAGUUUCUCUUCUCUAACGAGAACAAACUUGUCACCUCCUGGUGGCCUCGCUCAGUCGAGAAGAUCUUCCCUACCUCUCUCCAGACCUCCACCAAAGAGGAAGCGGUGAAGAUGCGUAAGUUGCUUCCUUCCUUCCUCAAGCCCGAGGCUCUGCAGAAGUACGUAGGAAUAAUGGAUAUAGUCGCCAGGCGGCAUUUGGAUGCAAGUUGGGAUGGGAAAGAACAGGUGACCGUGUUCCCUCUGGUUAAGAGGUACACCUUCUCGUUGGCAUGCCGACUGUUCAUGAGCAUCGAAGAUCCCGACCAUGUUGCCAAGUUCGCCGACCCCUUUCACGUCUUGGCCGCGGGAGUCAUGUCUUUACCGAUUAAUCUGCCCGGAACACCUUUUAACCGGGCGAUCAAAGCAGCCCAACUGAUUCGCAAGGAACUACUCGCAAUAAUCAGGAAGAGGAAAACGGAUUUAGCAGAGAAAACAGUGUCCUCCACGCAAGACAUCUUGUCCCACAUGCUCACAACCACCGACGAGAGUGGGAAGUUCAUGAACGAACUGGACAUAGCUGAUAAAAUACUUGGUUUGCUAAUCGGUGGCCAUGACACUGCAAGUGCUGCCAUUACUUUCAUCAUGAAAUAUCUCGCAGAGCUUCCAGAAAUCUAUAAUGAAGUCCUCAAGGAGCAAACUGAGAUCGCCAAGUCAAAAGCCUCUGGUGAGUUGCUAACCUGGGAGGACAUACAGAAGAUGAAAUAUUCAUGGAACGUAGCAUGCGAAGUGAUGCGACUGGCCCCACCCCUGCAAGGAACUUUCAGGGAGGCCUUGACUGACUUCACGUUCGCAGGUUUCUCCAUUCCAAAAGGGUGGAAGUUGUAUUGGACAUCAAAUUCGACGCACAGGAAUCCAAAGUACUUCCCUGAACCGCUCAAGUUUGAUCCUUCAAGGUUCGAAGGGAACGGACCAGCUCCUUACACAUUUGUUCCUUUUGGAGGGGGACCUCGAAUGUGCCCAGGAAAAGAAUACGCACGACUAGAAAUACUAGUGUUUAUUUACCAUUUGGUGAGAAGGUUCAAAUGGGAGAAUGCUCUUCCUGAUGAGAAGAUAAUCGUUGAUCCAAUGCCACAGCCAGCCAAGGGACUCCCAGUUCGCCUCCAACCACAUAAACCCUAAUAAGUUCAUCAUCAUCAUCAUCAGAUCAGAGAUCAAAACAGUACUCAACUGUGCAUAUAUAUAUAUAUAUAUAUAUAUAGUCUCAUGCUUUGUGAUCAUGUGUUCUUGUGACAUAUUUGCUUAAAAGUGGAAGUGCACUACUAAAAAAGAAUCUUAAUUUGAUUGAAUUACUUAGCGCAAGUAAGUGUGUAUUAAGGUUGAAUCGUGAAUGAAUAAAAUAUCUUCUUCUAAAA